ACUUAACUGCUAAUAACAUAUUCAAAGUAUUAUUUUUAUUUUCGACCUAAAAGGUUAUUGGUAAUUGCGAAAAAAUAGAAAGUCUUGUAAAUAUAGUUGAGGAACCCUUCCAUAUUAAAAAAAAAAUACCUGUUAAACGAAAAAGUAAAGUUUUUUCAAAGUUAAAGAAGUUAGUGGUAAUGAAUCAAAGUGAAUUGUGAAAAUAAUUCUCAAAAAGUUGACACAUAAUACAGGAAUGUCGAAGAUUUCAAAUAUAGUUCAUCAAAGAGGUGAUUGGCAGCCUGGAAGAUGCGAUCAUACAAUUCGGGUUAUGUGUCGCAUCGGACAAGCAGUCAGCUUGGCUGUCGAACGUUUUGCAACAGUUGGCGAGUCUAUAGCUGAAAACAAUGCAGAGAUAAGGACGGAUAUGCAUGAGGCAUGCAAUGAAGCACGAUCAGCAGGAGCUACCAUAGAACGGCUUUGUGAAACUGCUGCAGACGACCCUCUUAAAUAUCCCUUACCUGAUGACCCUUUGGGUGACCGAAGUGCGAUGAUCCAUGCUACAAGAUCACUUUUGGGUUCUGUAACAAGAGUUCUUCUCUUAGCUGAUAUUGUUCUUGUGAAAAAGCUUUUGCUGACCAAAGACAAAGUAGCGCAUUCUCUCGGCAGACUUCAAUCAGUGGGGAACUUUACUGAAUUUGUGACAGCGUUUUCUAUUUUCGGAGCUGAAAUGAUAGAACUGGCACAUGUUACUGGAAAACGUCAAAAUGAUUUGAAAGAAGAACGUCGACGGGCACAAAUGUCAGCAGCAAGACAGGUUUUAGAACGCUCAACAACUCUACUCUUUACUUCUUCGAAAACAUGUCUAAGGCAUUUGGAAUGUCCAAUUGCAAAAGAAAAUCGUGAUACCGUUUUUUGCCAUAUGCGAAGUGCUAUCGAUUUAAUUCAUUUUGUUGUUAAAGAUAGUGUCAACGAAUGCAUGUCCCUAAGAUAUUCACCGAACAGGUCACACGCAAGAGUCUGGGAGGCCGAUACAAACACAGCGCAUUCAGCAAUAAUGAGCUUCGUACGAUUAUUAGAAAUUUGUAGACUACAUUACGAUAAACACCAUAAAAAUAAGUGUAAAACAAAUACUCCAAGUAAUACAAAGCAAUUACCUAAUCAAAAUAUAACCCACUCAAGCAGAGGUGGGCAAGUAUCUAAUAACGCUUUGCUUUGCGAAAACAUAGACUGCAAUAACGAUUAUCCCCUAGAACAAAUAAAUUCAGAAUCAUCGAUAUUCAAUUCAAUGUUUAGGCAACAACUAAUAUUGGCUUUGGAUAGAGUUGUGGAAAAAACUCAAGACUUUACCGAUUCGGCAUAUACCAGCCAUGAGAAUCGAGAACAUAUAUUACUUUUAUGUAAUCAAUGUAAGUUAGAACUCAAUCAAUGUGCAAGGAUUGCCAUCAAUAUGGAACAGUAUCCGGAGACUAUACAUUACGACUUAGAUACCUCAUUAGACAAUAUCCAAGCAGCGGUAAAUGACCUCUCCCAGCAAUUAAAUUUAACAGUAUUGGAUUUAGUAACUAAUUUUACAACAAAAAUUAAGAUUAUAAUAGACAUAAUUAAUAGCUUUAAGACAAUAGCUUUAAAACAAGAGCUUGACCGCAUGCAGGAAUUGGCUGAUCGAUUUCAUGAUUAUUGUGAUUAUGUGUUAGAUGUUUGUAAAUUGCUACAACAUGUUGCACUUACUGAAACUUUAAAAAUUCAGGCUAAAUUUACCGAAAUUAAUCUUCGCAUCUAUAGCCCACAAGUUUUGAAUGCAGCUAAAAUACUAUCAGCUUAUCCCUCGUGUAAGAUUUCGUUAGACAAUUUAAAUGUUUUUAUAGAAAAUUGGGAAUGUAUUGCGAGCGAUACAAUCUUCAUAUCCAGACAAAUAAUAGAAAUGUGCCAUGCAAGGACUAAAUUUACUCGACAAGAUUACACAUCAAGUCUUCCGUGUCCAGACAAACAAGGUGCUGUAGUAAAAUCACUAAAACCGGUGAAGUUAGAUGAAAAAGAGGAACAAAAAAUAAUAGAAACUCAGGAAAAAAUAUCAACAAAUGAAGUUGGUGCAGAAGACGACAAAUGGAACAGUGAAUUGGAGGAAAAUAAUGAUAUUGUAAAAAGAGCUAAAAAUAUGUCUUCAAUGGCCUUUUCGAUGCAUCAAUUUACGAAAGGUAAUGGCAGUUUGCGCACCACACAGGAUUUAUUUACGCAAGCUGAAUAUUUUGCUGAGGAGGCGAACCGAUUAUACAAAGUUGUGCGACAAUUUUCAUAUCAAGUUCCUGCUGGACAAAAUAAAAAGGAGCUUCUUGAUCAUUUAGACAAAGUUCCAACGUAUGUUCAAUCACUACAAUUUACUGUAAAGGAUCACACAGUUGGUAGAGCUGCAACCUUCGUAAAAGUUGACCAUGUAAUGCGAGAAACAAAAAAUUUACUUAACGUGAUAAAUAAAGUAGUAACUGAGUGCUUAGAAUGUGCCAAUAAGUACAAAUUAGAUUUCACUGGACUCACAAGUCGUGCAGGAUCCGGAGCUAUAAAAGAUGAUGAUGGCGGAACCGGCAUGAUGAUGGAUUCAAAGGGAUCAACAAACAGUACUGAAGGCAGCAUGUGACAGUAUGGUAUGGCUCGAAGAGCCAAAGGCGACGCUCGCAGGACCCGUGUAUCAUUCUUACUAUUUUAAGUUUCAUUUCGUAUGUACCUCUAUACAUAGUUUGUUUUUAACCGUUUUAGAAUACUUAAAAAUUGGAAUACGUAAUUUAUAAUACUUUUUAUGUUUUUUUUGUUCAACAUGUGUGUAUAGAACGAUUUAUUUAUCUUAUUCAGUUAAGGGAAAUUUUUGUGAAUUCAAAAAUUUAAAUUAUGAAAAUAAAAAUGUGUACAAAAUUUUUUACAUGUUAGAAAAUCAAUUAAACAAUUUCCUACUGCAUCCCUCAGAUUUCAACUAUAUGAGUGUGAACUUAAAGAACAUUUACCGAUUAAAGAGUUAUUAGUUGGCAAAUUUGGCGUUAACUUGUUGUGAAUUUGUUUUGUUGCUUUGCUAUUUUUGUGUCAAAUCAAGAAAUAUAUUCUUUUUUAAAUUGAUAUUAAGUUGCUUACUUUUAGAUUAAAUAAUAUGUUCUUGGUUAGUUAUGGGUGUAUUCAUAAAAAUCUGCGCUAGCAUUUCUUUUCUGAUACAUUUGUAAACGCAAUCCCAAUCCAGAAUGUGUGCAGUAAAGAAAAAUGUCUGACUUAGUCCGAUUUGUAUGUAAACAGAGUUCAUAAUGGCUGAAUCACAUACACGCUUCAGCUUCGGUUCGCCUGACGUUUACGAGUUCAGCCAUAGGAAUUCAAUGCAUGCUAUCACAAUGUAGCUUCGACCUCACGUUUUGUUUGACAAUCGUAAGAAAAAGAAUGUAAUGUAACGUAAUGUGACUCCAAACAGAAGCUCUAGUUCAAUUUUCUGAACAUUUGCUUUGUCUGACAGCUCAUCAGCAGUAAAAAAAUGUCAACAAACAAUAUAUUUGCUCUUUGGAGCGAUGAAAUAAUAGAAAUGUCAUUCAAAGCAACCUCGAAGCAAGCCUAACGUAACGCAGACGAAGCCGAAACUGAAGCGUGUAUGUAUUUCAGCCAUAAGCGUCAGAGAAAAAUGGCUUCCAAACAAAUUUUGUUAAACUUGAUUUUUGAUUUGCUUACCGAAAAAGAAAAGAAAAUUAUAAUUGGCACAAAUAUCUUGCAAAGAAAAAAUAGAAAGAAAAUUAUAAAAAUUAUAAAUUAUGUCCACACAACCUAGAGUUCUUUAAAAAUAAUAAUUUAAAUUAUUUUUAUCAAAAAAUUAUCAAAAUAUUUGUCAUUGCUUACAUUCUUAACGAGUCAGCCGCUUCGUCCUUCUUGUUGUGGUAAAAGUUAUUUUAAUAAUUCCCGCUCUUUCUGAAGCCUAACAAAAUCAACUGCACAAUCUGCCCGACGCUGACGUUUAUGAACGGAAGGUACUGCAGUUCGACAAGGUUAGUUCGAUCGAUAAUCUGAAUUUAUGAUCGCAGAUAACGCAGUUCUUAGUAAAGCUGACGUUUAUGAAUACAUUGUAUUUCUUAAAUUAAAUUUAAUACGUUAUUUAAAAUUGUUUUGAAUGGAAGCAGUAAAUUGUAUCGUAUACAAUUCAGACUCAAUUAUAAAAUAAAACAUGGAGAAGCACAUUUUUGAAUACGAAUAUUUAAUGCUUUAACUUCUACUAAUUAUGUAUUAGUUUGAUGGUCUACAGAAAGCAUUUGUAUCAAACCGAAAAAGUAGUUCAAUAAGCAUCAAGUUCAUGGAAGACAAAUUUCUUUCCACUCUUGUGGUAAUGGGUGUAUUCAUAUCAUUUAUUCGUGCAAAAAAACGUCGUUCACUACAAUUUGGCCUAGCUUAAGCCCAAUUAUGAUUGGCUGCCGGAAAUGUUGUCAAGCCUGAAGCUUUUAUAAACUUUUUACAUUACGCAACUGAUGAUGCAUUAUGGUAUUUGGUCUUCCUCGCUUUUAAGUAAAGUUUGUUCGAAGAAUAUUAUUUAAAACACAAACCCCAGAUUGGUAUAUUCCUGCCUUACAGUAAACAGAUAAUGUCUCACAAAUUAAAGACACAUUUAACUCAUUGUAACAUCUCGUCAACUUAUAAGUCUCGAACUUAACGGUUAAGAAGAGAAAGGGGUUUCAACAAACAUUUUUUAUUGAGUCCACCCAAGAGGGUCCAAAUUUAUGUGCAACUUGAAUAUCUCUGGGAAUGAUAUUGUUUUGAUAUUUCAGAAUUGGACAGUUCUUAGACUUACUUAAAAAUUAAAAAAAAAAACAUCAUUUCUGUUAAUGUUGUAAUUUGCAUUCCUAAUCUUUUAUUUAAUUUUUUGUAUAGUGAAAAGUACAAAUAUUUACUUUUAAAGUACUCAAGUAUUUAUUUAUCAUACAUUGAAAAAUGUUCACACAAAAAAUAUGAAAUUAACCUUUUUUUGUGAAACAAAAUUUAUUGCUUGCUCUAGUAGAUAGAUUUAUAUAAAUGUUUUGUUAUGUUUUAUUUUUUUCACUUCAGAAUUCUUAGAAAGUAGUAAAUUUAAAACUACGAUCAGAUAUUCAUGUUACUUAAUUUUUCUUAAUUUAUGAGAAACUCUAAAAACUAUUUUAAAUUUACCUAUAUACCUAUACAUUCAUUAUUAAUACAUACAACAUACAUAUGAAAAUCGAUCACAUGGAUUGGGCAAACGAAGCCGUCUAGCGGUGACGAUCGUGAUAAAAUUGAUUAAGCUAUUCAUUUAAUUUCCUUUUUAUCGUUGUCGCCAUCGCAGAUCACUUCAGUUUUGCCAGGGGUGCCAGAUUUAUAGCAUAAGCAAAAUUGAACUAAGGAAAAUCAUCUAAACUUUCUUGUUUUUUCUCUUAAACUAUAAUAAAAUAUUAUUUACUUGUCUUGUCAAAGAUCAAAAGUGAAUGUUUAAUUUUGGAUUAUGUGUCAAUUCAUGUAAUAAAAAUAAACAUUUUACCUGUCUUAGUAAAUCGAGAUUUCCUUUGGUAGUUUUUUAAAUUAAAAAAAUAGUAAGAAUGAUAAUGCGAGAAAUGUAUAUAAUGUGAAUAUUUUCAAUAACAAUGUUUGCCUUUGUAUAAACUUCAGUAAUGCUAUACUAACAUAUAUACCUAAAAAUGAAAUUUGAUUCCUCAAAUUUAGCUAGAAGUGUAUUUUCUUAUCAUUUUAAACAUUCAUUUUAUCAAGAACUUCUUUAAAAAAGAACAGUUUAUAAGAACUUGUUAAUAACUCCAUACAUAUAUACUAGUUUAACUUGUUUAAUAGCUCUAUUGCCUAAGUUAUAUUUAAAAGCGUUCUAAAUUUAAGGAAAACACUAGGUUAUAUUGUACAUUUAAGGACUAAAAGUAAUUUUUGUAUUAUUAUUAUUAUGGUUUUAUUUUAUACUACAAGGCUUAGUUAAGACAUUUUCUAACGGCUAAAAUGCUUAAAGUAUACCAGUAUCCCAAAGCCACACAAAUUGGCUUCAAGUAAUAACUUUUGCCAGCUUACUCGAUCUUUAGCUUGCUGCCUACAGUUUCGAAUACCAAGUUGACGUGCGUCGGCCUCAACUUGAUCGCUCCACCGGAGAUGAAGCCUGCCUCUGCUUUUUGUUCCCUAAGGCUUGGCGUUGAAUACCUUACGAGCUGGAGCUUCAAUGUUUAUUCGCUCGACAUGCCCUAGCCAUCUUAAGCGUUGUACACGCAUUUUUUUUACCAAAGGCAAGUCGCUGUACAGCUCGUAUAACUCCUAAUUGAUUCUUCUCCGCCAGAUGUUACUUUGCCUGUUCACACAAACCGGACCACAGAUCAUACGAAGAACCUUCCUCUCGAAGAUGCCAAGAGAUCCUUCAUCCGCCUGGGAGAGGGUCCAUGCUUCUGCACCAUACAGCAAGACUGGGAUGAUUAAAGUUUUGUACGUGUCUCUUUGGUACUUCGCGAUAAGGCCUUAUUCCUCAACUGCUUACUUAUGCCAAAGAAAAUCUGAACUCUGCGCUGAUGUCAUUUGCAGCAGUGCCUAGAUAAACAAAUUUAUUUACCACCUAGAAGUUGUACCUGUGAAUUGUCACAUUUUGACCAAGUCUACGGUGUGAAUCGACUCUAUUUGAUGACAGUAAAUAAUUUGUUUUGUGCUCGUUAAUGUCAUGACCCAGUUUCUUCCCCUCAGACUCGACAUUAGAAAAAACACCCGUCACUGCUCGUUUGGUUCUUCCUAAAAUGUCGAUGUCAUCUGCAUAUCCAAGAUAUUGUGUGGAUUUUUGAAAGCUGGUGCACGAUCGCACGAUCUAGGCGGCCAGUUGACGGGUCCCGAACAUAAAAUAAAAUGUUCACCGAACUCGCCUCUCAAUAAGUCCAUUGUUGCGCGUGGUGUGUGACAUGUGGCACCGUCUUGCUCAAACCACAUGUUAUUCUAGUCAAGCUCUUGCAUUUUGGGCAAAAAAAAGUUAGAUACCAUCUCGCGGGAGCGCUCACCAUUCACAGUUACGUUACGAUUCGCAACAUCUUUGAAGAAGUACGGUCCAGACCAGACCAUAAAGCGCACCAAACUGUGACUUUUUGUGGAUGCGUUGGUAGCUCUCACAAUGCUUCUGGCUGAUAUUCACUCCAAAAUCGACAAUUCUGCUUAUUAACUAAAAUCGACAAUUCUGCUUAUUUAAGACAAAAAUGAGCUUCGUCGCUGGACACAAUUUGUCGAUAAAAAAAGUGGAUCUUCGGCUAAAUUUUCCAAUUCACAAAAAAAUGUACAUUGCAGUAGGUCGUUCGGCUUCAAUUCUUGCACCAGCUGUAUUUUGAAAGCCAUCACACCUAACUCCUUUCCAAAAUUGUCCACGUUGUUGAGUAACGAAUCGAUAAUUGUUGGUCACCAUUCACACUGGCCGCUACAGCUGCGAUAUUUUCUUCAGUUCGCACUCUAUGUAAGAGUGUUGGUGGUUUAAUGUCCAACAAUGUAAAUUUGGUGCGAAGUUUAGCAGCUUCAGUGAUUCGAUUAAACUGACCAUAAAAUGGAAGAAGCGCACGAUGAACUUACUUAACAUAGCACGCAUUUUGAUAAUAAAAUUCAAUAAUUGGCAAGACUGUUCGAUUAUAAGACGAUUCGUGAUUAAAUGAUAGACCAAACUGAAGAUGUUUGACAAUGAAACAAAACACGAAACGCGCGUCAGCUGUUUAAACAAGUGUUGCCAAAAAGAUAUUAGCUAAAAAAUCACCCUUUAUUAAUGUUCUUUUUAUGAUAAGCCAUAACCAAAAUCUAUAGAAUUACAUUUAUUUUUUAGAUAUAAUUAAGUUUGUUUGCUAUAAUUUAUUCAUUCACUUUUAUUGUAUGUCUGGCUUUAACUUGUGUUUCUUAAUUAUCUUUAAAUAUUAAAUUAAGUACAUGUACAAUGUUGCCUAAGUUUUUUCUAAAAUUCAACCUUAAUCCAAUAAUUACAUUGAAAUUACUGCCAUCAGCCCCUUGACUAUCAAAAGAACUUCUUGAAAAAAAUCAAUGUUUUAUUCAGUCCAAUAUUUAUCGAUUGACCGAAAGCUAAAAAUUUAAGAAAUUAAAAUUUCAAAACAACACCAGACAAUUUAAAUCAUCAACAAUAUAUUUAUCAUUUUAAGUUACGAAGAAGAUAUAAAACAAACACAGGUAAUGGAAUAUGUUAUGAAAUUCUUAUGUCUCAAAUAACUGAGCUUUAAAUUUAUAUCUAAGUAGUUUUUUUUUGUAAAUCUUCUACUCUUAAUAAUUGUUAAGGUUCCUAGCCUAACUUGAAUAUUUAUUAUAAAUACCAUCGAAUCAAGAAUGUCAAAUUUUUUCUUUGUAUAGAUAGAAACGUCGUUUAAAUAGUUUAUUCAAAUCUUUAAAAAAUGGUAAUUGGUCUUAUAUCAGCUAAUAAAACAAGAAACCCCAAUAUUUAAAAAACGAUUGGGAAUAUUGAUUUUUUUUUUCCUUUGUAUUGCUAUAGCUGAUAGUUGUAAGAUGUAAUGUAUUUGUCAUGGUCAAAGGUCGAUGUAUUCUUAAAACUUUAUCUUUACAUCAACUUUUUACUUUGAUUUAUAAACAAAACAACAUUUAUAUUAUAAGAUGUGGAUAUUGUUAAAAAAAUGUGAAAGAAAUGUUAGGUUAAGGCAUAGUUUUAUUAUACUAAUCUUGGUAUGGGUCGUUAUAUAGCGUUAUUGUUUUUGUAAAAUUGUUAAAGUAAACUUCAAAUUUUAAUUAUUUCAGAAAACUGAUAAAAAAUGGAAUACAAAAUAUAAAGUCACUCAAAAAAUGAAGAAUCAAA